GAGGGAUUUCUUAAUUGCUCAUACUUAAAUUCUGCAAUCGAUGUGGGUGACAAAUUAAAACAAUCCAAUGUUAAUUCUAAAGAUAGAGAUAUACCAGCAGUGAAUGUUAAUGUAUUAAUUCAUAAAAAAGAAGAGAAAAUUUCGAAUUCAAAUAAUCACACUUCAUCACCAUUUAUAUAUGAAGGUUGUAAUCCAAAAGACUAUAAAUUUAUUGGCGGAUAUUCAAAUUUUAUUAAGUUGGUUAGAGAAAGGUAUCAAGGUUUAGAUCUUCCCAGAGAUAUUAAGAAAGAGGGUGGGAAAGAAUGUGAAAACGGU